GGUGGCAUUGAUGGACGGGUGGGUAGGUGUUUGAAUUGGGCAGAUGGCUGGGUAGAUGGAUGGGAUUAGUGGGUGAUUGGAUGAAUGGAUGGGGGGACAGAGGGGGAGUGAGUGGGUGGUUGAAUGGAAAGAUGGAUGGAUGGGUAGAAACCAGGUUUGGGUAGAGGGCUCAGAAAGGCUGUCUUACUGUCCUUUUAUAGGAAAGGUGAUUACUAAUGUAAUAUAUAAGGAGAAGUGACCCAGCCGGCCAAGAGUCCAGAAACCUGGGUCUCAGCGUUAACCUUGAUCCUCUUCAUGGCCUCUUAUCUGUAACAGACUGACUGGCUGAAGCUGUGCAGAGAAACAGAGGAGGUGGUGGGACACACACUCACCUGGGGUGCUGCUCCUGUUGUUGUUGCUGCUGUUGUUGUUGUUGUUUGGUUUCUGGCUUUCUGUCCUCAGAUAAGUUAACUGAGUACCAGCCAGGCUGUAAGGAGAGGCAUACUGGGUCCCAAUCCAAGCUGCUCCCAUUGUGCUAGGGCAAGACAGCAUGCUUCAGGGAGAAAGCAUGCUUCAGCAUGCUCUCUGUCUUCGAGAUCCCAAGGAGUCGUGGCCAGUAUUUCACCACACCUAGCAGCCCAAGCUAGCCUGGAACUUGCCUUCUUGCUACCUAGCCCCCUGUGUGCUAGGGUUGCAGAGCGGCAAAACAGUGUUGGCCAACUUUCUCACUGAAUCUUCGGACAUCACUGAAUAUAACCCAACACAAGGUGUGAGGAUCCUAGAGUUUGAGAACCCACAUGUCACCAGCAACAACAAAGGCACGGGCUGCGAAUUCGAGCUCUGGGACUGUGGUGGCGACUCUAAGUUUGAGUCCUGUUGGCCCGCUCUGAUGAAGGAUGCUCAUGGAGUGGUGAUCGUCUUCAAUGCUGAUAUUCCAAGCCACUUAAAGGAAAUUGAAAUGUGGUAUUCCUGCUUUGUCCAGCAACAGUUCCUCCAAGACAGUCACUGCAUGCUUGUGGCCCACCACAAACCGGGCUCCGGAGGAGAAAGGGGCAGCCUGGCUUUGUCUCCCCCCUUGAACAAGCUGAAGCUGGUGCACUCAAACCUGGAGGAAGACCCUGAGGAGGUCCGGGUGGAGUUCAUCAAGUAUUUAAAAAGCAUCAUCAACUCCAUGUCAGAGAGCAGAGACCGCGAGGAGAUGCUCAUCAUCACCUAGUGUCCCAGUGCCACCGCCUCCCAAAGGACGCUGACUAACCCCACCCAGCCGCUGACGCACCCUUCUCCUCUAGAAGGCUCCAGGAAGAUCAGGCAUGGUGCCACACACCUGUGAUCCCAGCUCUCAGGAGGCUGAGGUGGGAGGAGGGUUGAGAGUUCAAGGCCAGCCCUGGCUGCAUAGGAGCGCUUAUCUCCUCCCUUCUCCAGAAGCAAAAAGCUGCCCUGCUUGCCUGUCUCAGUUGUCAUGCAUAAACAUGUCCUUCCUUCCGGCAGCCCCUAGCACUGUGUUUUCAGGCUGAGCUGUUCACUGGUGCUUAGUGGGAUGAAGUGGCCUAAGGCAGACAGGUGAUGUGAUCUCUGCUGUCCCCAAGGGCAGUGAGGGAACACGUGAUCAAGCUGCUGCUUUCGGGCUUUGCUGUCAAAGAAUCAAUAAUGGGGACAGUGAGAUGGCUCACUUGCUGCCAAGCCUGACAACCCCACUUAAAGGUGGAAGGAGAGAGAUCUGACCCUACAGAGUUGUCCUGUCUCCACUGGUAACAUGGCACCCCCACAACACACACACACAAUAUAGAAUGGUAAAAGGGAUCUGGCUGGAGAGACGGAUCUGCGGUCCAGAGUGCUUGUUGCUCAUGCUGAGGUCCUGAGUUCAGAUCCCAGCACCCACACUGGGCAGCUAUGAUUGUAACUCUAGUUCCAGGAGAUCCAGGGCCUUCCUCUGGCCCCAGGCUACCUCCCACAUCAGCAUAUGCUCACACAGACCGUAUUAGACACGUUUCUGCUGCUGUGAUAAAACACCAUGGCAAGGCAGCUCGUAGAAGACUUUAUUAGGCUUACAGUUUCAGAGAAGUAGUAGUCCAUCAAGAUAGGGAGACAUGGCAGCAAGUGACAGGUGUAGCUGUAGGGACAGGAAACUGAGUCUCAUACCGAACUACAAACACAAAGCAGAGAGAGCAGAUGGAAUGCCAUCAGUCUUUGAACACUGAAAGCCCACUGCUGCUGACAUAACUCCUCAAGCAAAACCACACCUCCUAAACCUCCGAAACUGCCAUCAGCCGGGAGCCCAAGGCUCUGAGGGCCAUCUCAUUCACACAAACACAAACAUAAAUCACUUAAAAAAUAACAAAGGGGCGGGGCGAGUUGUGCUGCUCCACAGUAGACCAUGUGCUUAGAACCCCACUCGGGUUAGAGGUGUGCUUUAGAAACACCACUAGCUUAGCAUGUAGGGGACUUUUGAUUCCAUUUCUAGAACUGAAAAGAAAAAAGUCAGUACAAAGUAUCUUUAUAAAGGAAUGCAAAGGGCUAGGAGAUGGCUCCUUUGGUAGAACCCUUGGCUUGCAAGCAAGAGGACCUGAGUUCAGCCCCCCCCCCCAAACCCGUGUGAAAGAUCUGGGCACUGUGGCAUGUCCUAAGAUCCUGGCACCGGGGAGGCAGAGGCAGGUAGAUCCUUUGGCUUGCUGGCCAGCCAGCUUAUGCUAGUCUGUGAGCCACUAGCUUAUGGAAGACCUUUUCUCAGAAAUAAAGAUGUGGUCUGGUGAGA